AUGCCUUCUCUAAUCCACCUCCUCCCACUCCUCGCUCUCGUCCACGCCCAAGGCGUAAUCCUCUCGGCGCAAGGCAGCAGUGGCUCACCAGCCUCGCUCCCCCUCCAAGUCCUCCUCAACCAGGCCGAUGCAAACGUUAUCAACCAAGCCGAGAUCGCCGGCAACGUCGUCAACGAGUGUGGUCGCACCUUACUCAGUGGUAACAUUGACAUUGGGGAAAACACCGAAACGCAACUCGCUAACAAGACCGUCACGAGUGUCACAAAGGGAGGAAAUGUUGAUGUGACGAUAAGUCCAGGGGGUGCGAAUGGCGCGGGGCCAUAUACUUGUGAUGUGGACCCGACGUCCAACGCAGACGGAGUUAGUGGACAGCUGAACGUGACGGUCAAGGAGACAGAUAGUACGGGGUCUAUCAAACUGGCACUUACUAUGCCAUCAGAUCUAGCUUGCGUCGGAGCCUCCACUGGAAACAUCUGCACAGUCCGCUGCUUCAACGCCGCAGCCAAUGGUCCCUUUGGCGGUUGUUUCGCCGUCCAACAAACAGACGUUACCCCUGCCGUCAACACACCCGAUAACAUCCAAACCGCGCAAACACUCGCUGGCAUCAACGAGCAGGUUGCAGAGAACCAGAAAGAUUUACCGGCUGCGAUUACGGGGAACCAGGAAGCCACCAGCGGGACAGAGCAGGAGCAGGGUGUUUUGGCCGUCGAUAACCUCCUCAACAUUGACAGCACAGCCAGUGCCACCGCAGCCAUAGCAGCAGUAAGCACCGCUGCAUCAGCAGCAGCCAGCACCGGUAAAGCCAAGGGGUCCGGAACUGGUGCAAAGGGGGCAGCCGGUGCCGCUGCCGGUGCCGGUACUGGUAAAGGCGCGGCAAAUGGCGCUACCGCUAAGGGAGCUGGAAAUGCUGCUGCUGGUAAUGCUGCUGCUGGUAAUGCGGCUGCUGGUAAAGCUAAAGGAGCUGGUGCGGCUACUGCUCAGGGUGCGAAGGGCGGAAAGGCUGCUAGGGCGUUUAUGGCUUAG